UUCCAGGUACUUUAGUUGCUCAGUUCCUUGCGAACUUUUGCUUUGCGUUGCUUAAGCAACUUGCAUUGAGGGACACUUUUGAUCGAGAUUCUGGUUGAGAGAUUUCUGUUCAAAUAUGAGGACCGGUUUGAAAGACAAUGUUGCCUACAGUUUCUUUGAUCCAGAGAUUGGUGUGCUCAAGGAUAUGAUAGCAUUGAUUACUCCUGACCAUGUGGGAAUGUUUAGAGAGUCAUACGGCGGUAUUCUGAAGAUGGUUUUCAGACUCACUGACUGCGACAGGAGCGCCAUCCACACUCUUCUUCAGUUCUAUGACCCUGGGUUGAGGUGUUUCGUUUUUCCAGACUAUCUGUUGGGACCUCUGAUGGAGGAUUAUGUCAGCAUCCUGGGUAUUCAGAUCCGUGAUCAGAUUCCUUUUCAUGUCACCAGAGCAGAGCCAGAUGUCUUUGGAAUUUCACGUGCUCUUUAUUUGAGUCCGGAAAUGGUCAAGGAAGGUUUGAAGGAAAAAGGAAAGCUACCCGGGUUUCAUUUGAGUUUCUUGGAGGCCAAUGCCAAGGAACAUGCUGCUGUGGGUAACUGGAAGACGGUCUGUGCUCUGAUUGCUGUGAGCAUUUAUGGGAUUGUGUUGUUUCCUAACCAGAAGAAUUUUGUGGACCAUAAUGCUAUCAGAUUGUUUAUACAGAGAAACCCUAUUCCUACCCUGAUUGGAGAUGUGUACUAUUCAGUGCAUAACAGGAAUGAGAAGAGGCGGGGUGGUCUGGUUAGAUGCUGCUCUCAGUUGCUCUUUAGAUGGUUCAUGGGGUAUUUGCCUUCCCGAGGUGCUUUUGUUCAGAUUGACCCUAGUGUCAAGUGGUCCUUCCGAUUGAUGGGUCUGCGGGCUGAUGACAUUGCUUGGACUCAUAAUGGUUUAGCUGGUCAGGACUUCAUAUGCAGUUGUGGGAGUUUACCUAAUGUGCCUUUGGUGGGAGUUCAGGGUUGCAUUAAUUACAACCCAACGCUUCUAAGGAGACAGAUGGGGUUUGCUAUAGAGGGUCCUCCUCUCGGGCGAGAGAUUCAGGAGUCCUUCUUUUUCCCGAUUGAUGGUAACCAGACCAAGGUGAGGCAGGUAUUGGACGAAUGGCGAGAUAUCCAGAGGAGGGGUAAGGUUCCUUAUGGCAAAGUCAACUGCCGGUAUUUUCCACUAUUUGAGGAUUGGUUGCGGAAGAGGAUUGAGUCUACAUUUCUACCGUUCCCUGGAGGUGACUCAGUGUGUCUUAGGAUUGAGGGUCCAAGUUCUUCUGUGACUAUUAUUAACGUGUUUGUUUGUAACCAGGAACCAUUGCUCGCGCUCGAAGAGUAG